AAAUGAAGAUAAAACAAACUAAUAUCACAAAACAAUAAAACAUUGCGUGUGUGAUGAACGUCUUUACCAGAUUAAUUGAAUUUGUUUGGGUUUUGAAUCGGGAAAAUUUAAAAGAAAUGGUUUACCUAAGUGUCUUUAGAUAUUUCCCAAAUGAAGAAACGAGACGAACGACAAAAGCAUGUGAGUUUCAACUUUCAACGUUUUGUCCCGAUUGAAGUUAUUCUGAUAAGGACACGUGUCAGCGAUAUAAUUCAUGAUAUAGCCCACAUUUUGUAUGUUAGUAAGAGACAGACGAAAGAAAAUAAAUGAAAAAACUAUAUCUACCACACCAUGUUCAAGACUAAGGCUUCGAAACGGAAAAAAUAGGAAAGUGGGUGCCGAGUUAUCAAUUUAGGUUUCGGAUCGCAUUAAGUUUUUAUUUGUGUGAUGGAUCGCGACCAUUUUUGACCCUAUGCAAAUUAUGUGUAAAAUACGUCGAACACCAUGGUCAACCACAUUAAUCACAAAAACGCCAUUGAAUCCUUGCAUGUGAGAAACUGUCUCGAUUCCCAACACCGUCGACCCAUUAACUUCGUCGUCUUUACUGACUGACAUGUUAUUGGCGGUAAACCACUGCGAUAAUUAAAUACCUCUCUCUCUCUCUCUCUCUCUCUCUCUCUCUCUCUCUCUCUCUCUCUCUCUCUCUCUCUCUCUCUCUUUCCUCUCUCUCUCUCUCUCUCUCUCCUCUCCCUCUCUCUCUCUCUCUCUCUCUCUCUCUGUCUCUCUCUAUCUUUCGCUCUCACACCUCUCUCCUCGCUGCAGCGAUUAGUCGUGGAAUCAAGAAAUCCCAAGAACUCUUUCGCGGCUGUGAGCUCUGUUUCAGCUCGGAGAGCGGUGGAUCGUCUUAUAUUAUACCGAUAUGGUGUUGGAAGCGGAGAAAACAGAGAAGUUGGUGCGUCGGCGGACCAGAUCUAGGGGCGAAAAACAGAAACACCCCUCACCUACCAAAGAUCAACGGUACCCAGGUUCGUCUGCUCGUUUAUUGAAAAAGUUCAAGUAUUCCGCCGAUUCCUUGCAUGUUAGUCUCGAUUCUGGGUAGAAUUAGGUUUUUGUAAAGUUUUUGUCCUAAUUUUGCAUACCUCGUCUUUUUUAUUUAUCUUUUUCGGAUUUCUUAGUUUCUGACUCCGACGCCGGUGAAGCGGGAUCGUCGAUGGACUCGAGCGCAGAGGGAUCUUCGCCAGUAGAGCCCCAGGGUGGGGACGUCGGUUCUUUGGCGUUGAAAUUUCCUUCAAGACUUUUUACCGCAAAUUCUUACCCAACUGCUUUGCAUCUGAACAUUUACUGGAAGGCAAACGUCAUUGGUGCUGUGGCGGCUUGUCUUCAAGGUUCGCCCGACAUGGACAUUUUGCUUCCGCUCUCAGUUUGGCAAGAUUUUUCAGCUGCCCGUCGUCCGCUGCCAGAACUCUACAAAGCUUAUUGGUAACCUCGUCAGCUUAUUAUGAUAUGCAAAUUUGAACUUUGGUUCACCUUCGGUCGUCAUCCUCUAUGCUUCUCGCUCGAUGAAUUUCACGGCGUCACUGGUUUAAACGGCGGAUCAUUCGAUGUUGGAGAUUCUGAGGCUGACGAAGCUCCAGGUUCUACAAUGUGGAACAAGCUAUUUGAUACAACACUGGGGGACAUUACCUUGAGUCACGUUCUUGAGAUGUUGCGGAAUCCAUUCCUGGCUCGAUGGAAACGUGUUCCUUUGGCUCUAAUAGCCUUGGUGGACGGGAUUGCAUGUUGCAAUAACAAAACACUCAAACUCACCCCGAGGUAUGUCGAGAUGCUCGGCGACAUUGAAAGCUUGGUGUAUCCAUGGGGUAGAGAAUCGUUCUUGGCAACCUUACCUCGUUUUUUACCUCCCCCAGUCAGUAAAGUUAUAAAAGACCCAGUGCAAGCAAUGCGGAUCCGGUUAUCUCAACAGACAACAGCCUGCUAUGGCUUUCCACUAGCUCUCCAGUUGUUCGCUUUUGAAGCUUUGCCUCAGCUGUUGUGUAAGAUUCCCGACGGAGCAAGAACUACAACUUUCUUGGAGGACCCUACAGCUUGCAAAGAUAUUGUUACUAUCCUCAGCGUACAUGACAUUCUUGUCAUCGAAGCAGAUGUAGCUUUAUCCGUACACGUGGACAUGAUUCCUGAAAGAGAACGGCAUAUGUGGCUGGGGGAGGUUGAAGAGGACCGAGUAACUCGUUUGGUUGAGAUGAUGCGUAGUGGAAUAACAUUUAAACUUGAAGAUUUCUCAGGUGGAGACAGGUCAUUUGCCACUAAGACAAAAAAAAAGCAGGUGGAUGUAUGCUUAAGGACGAGAAACCUGGUGGUGGAACCGUCCACCGCCGUAAUUUACAUCCACGUAAACCUGUGGUUGUUAUUUGCAAUGACGAAUCAUCAUCUGGAGACGGCGGACCAGAGGGACCCCCUCAAACAGGCGGGUGAACACAUGAAGAUUUGAAGCCGUGGUUUGCGGAGCAGUUGAAAAAGAUGUCGACUGAGUUUAAGCACCACUUAUGUGAAAUGGAGAAAAAUAUAUGUAGGCACUUAGGGGUGCCCAAGGCUACCAUCAGCAAGAGUCGGAAGAGGAAGCCGAAUGAGGAUAAUCAUGGACAGUCUGAGUCUCAGAUCAGUGGUGGGAAACAAACACGGUCGCCAAUCCACAGGAAAAAAAAACAAAACCGACGGCUAGUAGUCCAGGAGGGAAAAAACAUUCUUGUGCACUUCGCUCAGGAGACGGCAACGAUGCAUCUGAAGUGGUACACCUAAGGGAUCAUGUACUAAGUUGAACAUAUUCGGAUAUUUUAUAUGUUCUGACCCGACCGCUUUUUUCAGGCAACCAAAGGAGACACCCCAACGUUAUUUGAGAGGGAGAAAUGUUUUGAAAACGAGUAUCAUAACACUCGUAGUCCACCAUUUGAUGAAAAUAUCGCCGAUGAGGUUAAGUUUGUGACUCUUGUUUUGUUAUUAGGUUGGUUUGUAAUUGGUGUACACUUUUAUAAGUGGUAUACGAUUUUCUUACAGGGUAUGAGUACACCCAACGCUGCUGAGGAUUGUCUGCAACCAGAAAAAUCUGGCACUGCGGUCACUGCGCUCUUCGUGUAUUCGAAUGUUUUAUUAGUUCGGUCUCAGUCUUAUGUGUCACCACCAAAGAGUACUCUAACCAGGCGGUACCGAGAUGAAGAAUCCGUACCUGUUGCGUGGGAGGAAAGAAACCCUAAUCUCCACAAUUCGGUUAAAACAGUACAUGCGAGUCAUCCUGCAUCAUCAACCUACCCCAAGUCUGAACCAAUGGUUGCAUCCACCGGAAAUAAAGACGUAGGGGAACCAGUGCUUGUGGAAGAGAAUCUUGAAAGAGUCCCUUCCCCUGUUGUGGAGGGCGGCCCCCAUGAGCCACCUCUCGGAGAGGAGAGGAAACCUUGUUCCUUGACGGAGGAGGACGAAAAAUAUGACAGUUGCAAGGAAGAUAUCUCCAAUGAUUCCCAGUUGCAAGAGAAAGAAACCCAACCUAAACGAGGCCAUCCACUAUCUGACACUGACGAUGACUCGAAUGAUGUGGAGAGUGGUGGUAAACGUCAGCGCAAAAAAUCAAACAAGAUUCGUGGAGUGUACACCCCAGAAGCAAGGUUGAAAGGUUUGUUCAGCAGCGAGAAGAAGGUUGAGUAUAAGCCCAUAGGGAAGACGAGUCGAGCGGUUUUUAACAGGAAGUUCGAAAUCAAAACUGGUACCGUUGUCAUGAAUUCCUUCUUCCUUAACAUAGCUGAGCCAGAGAAAUGGUUGUCUGACGAGGUAAUAUUUAUAUUUGUAUCGUCGUCACGUAUUCUUUUUUUUUGUCUCUUACGAAGAGAGUUUUGCAACUAAUCUUUUUGUUUAUAAUAAUGUCAUACAACACAUGCAUGUCAUAAUGGAAAUGUUGUGGAUGCGUCGUGGGCAGGUUCUAAAAAAAAAAACGGAUGAUCAUUUUUGAUCCAUACUUCACAAAACUCAUUCAAUCAUCCUGGACUGCUUUCAGUGAAGUUGAAGAUAAGCUACAUUUCGAUUGGGGCAAGAACAUAGCAAGUUAUGUGACAGGAAAGACCAAGGGAAAAACCUGAAGUUGGAACUUGGCCGCGAUGUUGAUGUGGUGUACGCUCCAAUGAUGUGGGGUGCAGAUCAUUGGUGGGUCUUUGUAUUAACUUUCUCACCGCGAAUGUGACGAUCUUUGAUUCUUACAUCCCUCACAGUGGAACUAUUGAAGAAGUCGAUGCACACAUGGCUCCGCUGCUUAGCUCCUUACCAUAUAUAUUGGAACAAUACGUGGGGUAUACUAUUCAACACGCGAAGGAAGGAUAGCGAUAUUACUCGUGGAGUAGUGUUGUAGGGAUCUAUCAGAACGGAAGGACUGUCGACUGCGGGACAUGUGCAGCUAAGUUCAUUGAGAUGCAUGCUAAUGGUGAUGACAAGGAGGAGAUGAGUCUGAUUACGGACAAAAUUGUUGACAGAUUUCGAGAGAAGUAUGCAAUGGACUGCUACGAAGAAUUCGUUGGCGAUUUUAGAGUUCCGAACAAGGGCUCAAUGAAGUAGAAGUUUCUCUCUUUCACCUGUCGGUUUUCCAAAACGUUUUCCGCAUGCAUGAUUACUUAAGGUGUGUUGUUAUAAUGGUGUCUGAACUUAAUGUUUUGUUUGCUGUGUUUGCCUAGUUAACCAAUGAACUUAAGGUGUGUUAUUAUAAUUGUGUAUUGAUGUUUACUAUUUUGAGAUCUAGUUACAUAUGUAAAAUAACAUAUGUACACGAAUCAAAUGCAGCUGCACAUGCAUUCAUAAUUCAACUGCAAGAUCUUUUAAUUUUAAAAUAACGCAAUUACAGAAAUAAGGAAAUGAAAUUAAAGAAAUACUGGAAUAUUAAGAUGUACACUUGUUGAAUGGUGUACAGACGUUAGGUGUUAGGUGUAGAUGUACUCCUAUUGAAUGAAAUUAGAGAAAUAAGGAAAUGAAAUAAGAUUUUUAUGGAGAAUGGUCUUAGGUGUACAUGCGCUCGGUGUAGAUGUACACAUGUUGAAUGAAAUUAAAGAAAUAAGGAAAUGUAAUUAGAUUUAUAAGGAAAAUAAAUGAGAUUUAUAAGGAGAAUAGUCUUUAAGAGUGAUAUGUGGGAAGAACAAUUGCCACGUGUAAUUUUAAAUAGUGUAGGUGAUAUUCAAGACAAAUAAAGCCGUUAGGUGAUAUUCAAAACAGAUCUAGUCGUUGGGAGAAAUUGAAAACCAAUAUUACCGUUAGGAUUUAGAAAAGUCUACUUUGUUUCCCUAUUUAAAGAGAAUGAACAAUGAUGUUUUCAAUUCUCAAGAAACACCAUAAGGUAUAUUCAAAAGCCCCUUCGCAAAUUAUAAUGACGGAUCCUUACUACGCAGAUAUGAAGCAACACAGAAGGGAUGCAGAUUGGCGUAAGUGUGUUCUCUAUGCUCACCAUAAAAUACCGAAAAAGUGUACCUGCGGUGGACCUAUCAGAUUGGGAACCGACGAGGAAAGAAUGAGUUACACGAAUGCAAAGAGUUUGAGGUGAUAUUACAAAGUUCAUAAUCUUAUAUGCAUUUACUAGUUUUACUAACCACCCAAUCCAAAUAUUUAUUCUUUAGAAUGAUGGGUUCCACAUUCGAUAUAGUUGUUUUGAUGCUAUUGAAGAAGAGUUGGAAGAGUUGAGGAGGAAGUUGAUGACCAGGUGAAGAGCCGAAUGAAGAUGGAGGAUGAGAUUAAGAAAAUGCGUGAAGAUAUAAACCUGCUCAAGAAAUUUGUUAAGUGCCCCCCGGUGUUGUGGUUUUUUUAAAUAAUCUGUUAUGUUUUAAUUAAUGUGUUAUGUUUUGUUCGAUGUUUAGUUAUGUGUCCCCGGUGUUUAAUUAAUGUGUUCUGUUAUGUUUGAUUAAAAUA